CACAUGGAUGACAUUGUGGACUCCUUCAUGGGCGGCAGAAAAACUAAAACGAAGAGCCGUCCACAGGGCACCCGGGAUCGGAAGUCCGCUCCACCGAACCCGGAAGAGGCUGAGCUCGAGAGCAGGUUCCACGAGGCCAGCUGCACCAUCGAAGCCUCCGCACGCAUCUAUGCUUGCCGGGUGGACUGUGUCCACACGGAUACCUACCGCGUGCUCGGAGGAUUGAACUCUGCUGACAUCGCAAACGAAGACGGACAACCUGGCGAAGAUGGGAAGCCUACCAAGAAGAGGCGGAUCUGUGGCGUCAACACCCUGGAAAAAAACGAGGCAAACCUCGUGCAGUCCAACAUCGAGGCCGAUGAGCAGAGUGACCCGAUGUUUCGUCGCAUGGCUGCGGCCUUUGAUGCAGGAGGGGCUAAAGGACUGCUUCUUAGCCACCUGCCACUUGCAGAGGACAUGUCCCUGAUCUUCAAUGGCGAUGUCAAGGUCGCAAAGGCCAAGGCUGCUGCAGAGUCUCUUUUCCGCAAGGACGGGCGUUCCUUCCCGGCGGAUUCCGUUGGCCUCGGGGAGCCAGCUUCGGCCGCAGCCAAGAUCGAGCAAUCCAGGCUAUGCCCUGAAUUGGACAGCUUUCGGCGCCAGCUUUGGGGAGAAA